GAAUCCUUGAUUAAAAGGAUUAGCAAAGGAAAAUUUACAAGACAAGGAAAGGGAUAGGAAGAGUAAGAUGACAAGGCGGAUUGGCUAGAUGGACGGCACUAGUUGGGAAGAUAGCUUCAACCACGGAAGAGAUCGAUGGAAUUGGCGGGAUACUUCUGCAAAGCAUCAAAGAAGAGAAAGACAAAAUUUUGGUGGUUACGACCAAAAUCUGUUAAGGAAAGCCACUGCUUUCUACUUCUCCAACUUCCUUGAUGAUUGGAGCUAUGAGGAUAUGUGGAAGAUGUUUAAAAAGCAUGGUAGGGUAUAUGCAAUCUAUGUAUCAAAGAGAAGGAAUAAAGUUGGUGAUCGGGCAUUCCCAAAAGAAGAAUCACAGAAGAAGGAGCAGAGGGUUCAGACUAUAAACCAAAGAUCAAAAGAGAGGAAAGUGUGGCUACAAAGGAAUUCGCAACAACCACGGACGGGAUUAGAUUUCACGGUACUAAAGGAGGAUCAAGCUUGGUUGGAAGGGUGUUAUGUAGGGAUUGUUAGGUUUGUUGAAAUAGUUCCAAUCGUACAAGAAAGGUUUUUUAUGGAAGGUUACUUUGCAUGCAAUGUAAAGCCUAUGGGAGGCAAGUUGGUUUUGCUACAAUGUGAGGAUAAAGAAGAGCUGAGGAAUCUGGUGGAAAUUGCUGCAAAUUGGCUUAGGCAAUGAACCCCUUCUUCCAUUUUUCUUUUACUUUUCUCUCUCCCGAAUGAGCCUACACCCUCCUCUGCAUCAAUCUCUAGCUUCCUCUCCCCCCUGCACAGUCCAGAUCCUCUGCACCGCGCCCAACUCCUCUGCACCGAGCCAUCAUCGCCCCCUCGCACGCCCAGCCUAGCUGCACUAGCCCUGCACCUACGCCCGAGCCUUGCACCUACGCCCCUGCUCCCUGCUCUGCGCCCAGAUCGCCUGCACCUUCCUCUGCCCCAGCCUGCACUCUGCUGCGCCCGGCCUUGCUUCCUGCACCAGCUUUGCUCUGCACUAGCUCCUGCACGCUGCGCACCUGCAAUCAUGCCUCCUGCACGCCUACGUGCCCUACCCCCUGCGCGCCUGCACCUUCCUCUGCCCGAGCCCAGAUCUGCACUUAUCACCCCUCCUCUACCCGAGCCGAUCUGCACUCAUCACCUAUACCCCAAUCGUGCAAUCCCCGGCUGCAACGCAAUCCUGCAACCCGAUCUUGUACCUGCUCUGGUUGUCCGAUUCUCCUUGGCACCUUGUCUCGUUUUUGAAUAAGAUAAAGCUCGGUCAUUGAUGGGUAUAAAUAGAGGGUUUUGGUUAGAAGGCAAGGGGGGACUUUGCUUGUUUGAAUGUAAUGUGGUGUUGACGGAGGAGAACAUUUUUUUGGAGGUCGACGGCAAUUGAAAAGGAGGCUUAUUUUUCUGUGUUUGUUUCCUGCUUAGGUAAUUUUCUGAACAGAGGAGUCCUUUUGGGGAGGCAGUGAAGGGAAUGAUCUGGGCUUAAUCUCGUGGGUGGGAUUCCCCAGAUCGGACUCCGAUCUGUUACCCAGAAAACUCCACCAUGCUUGUUUCUUUUGACUUCUGUUCUGUGAUUUGCUUUUAUGAUGUUUAAGUUUGUAAGUGUUUACUGAAAAUCAAUGGAAAAAAAAAGUCCAGUUCAUUUG